AAUCACUGAAGAAGAAGAAAAAUGGCACGAAUGGCACAGACGACAUGCAGGAGGUGGUGUUCUGUACCUUUCUGUACCAACAGUAAGCAAAGACACCCCUAUCUGAGCUUUCACAAAAUUCCCCGCGAUGUGGAUCGUCGGAGAAAAUGGCUUCAAGCCAUCAGGAGAGAGGAAGGCCCGCAGUCUAAAAUUUCUGAUGCUGUAGUUAUUUGUAGCCAACAUUUUCGUAGGAGCGACCUGUUCAAAACACCCAGCGGUUUCACCCGAGUUGAAAGAGACGCAGUGCCUUCUAUUUUUCGAUCGGAGUCAUGUGAAAGACUUGGGUUUGCUUGUGGUCACGAAUAUGUUGGUGAUGCUGCUGCUGCUAGUCUUGCUUUGGACCACAACUACUCACGACCAUCGCCUGCAUUGAUUACAGGAAAGAGAGUACCUGGGAUCUUUGGAUCCUCCAGUGGGACCAUGGAUGAAAUGGAGGUAAAGCCGCUGAUCUCUGACUGUCACGAGACUGAAAUGCACCAGGUUGACCUGAGAUUGAUUGUGAAAGAAGAAGACAUAAAAGAGGAGGAAUAUGGUCAUAUGAUAUCAUGUCCGGUCAAAGAUGAAGAAGAAGAAAAGCCCUUUGCAGAACGUCACUGUAAAAUUGAAACAGACGAUACCGACGAUACAGACUCUAACGAUGAAACACUACAGACACCAGCGGAGAUUGAAGUGGAGAUUGAGGAGGACGAGCAGCACGAUAACCAGCUGGAAAGUGUAUCAGACCACCCAAAUGUAACACAACAGAAGAUCCAUGGACAUAAUGAUGAACUCAACCUGGAACUCAAAGGAGGACCUUACCGCUUCACAGUCUAUAGGAAAAGUGUCACAGCCCUGACUGAACUUGAGAAGCACCAGCAAAACCACACUACUGGUGUUUCACAAACACAGAGGACAAGCAAAAAGGCUCAUCAAUGUGCCCGGUUUGGAAAAUCAUUUACAAAGGUCACAGCUCUUCAACGCCACAUACGUACACAUACUGGAGAGAAGCCUCAUAAAUGUGUCCAGUGUGGAAAAGCUUUUAGAACAUCCACAGAUCUUAAAUAUCACAUGCGUACACAUACUGGAGAGAAGCCUCAUAAAUGUGUCCAGUGUGGAAAAGCUUUUAGAACAUCCACAGAGCUUAAACACCACAUACGUACACAUACUGGAGAGAGGCCUCAUAAAUGUCUUCAGUGUGGAAAAGCUUUUGCACAAAUAUCAACUCUUAAAAACCACAUGCUGAUACACACUGGCGAGAAGCCUCAUAAAUGUGCCCAGUGUGGAAAAGCUUUUUUGCAGAUGUCAGGUCUUAAGAGCCACAUGAUCAUACACAUUGGAGAGAAGCCUCAUGUAUGUACCCAGUGUGGAAAAGCUUUUUCAAGAAUGUACUCUCUUAAAAUCCAUAUGCUAGUACACAGUGGAGAGAAUUCUUAUCAAUGGGCCUGUCCUGGAAAAGGAUCUCAACAAAUUUCUGAUCUGAAUUCCCAUAUACAAACAAUGCACACUGGAGAAAAGCCUCAUAAAUGUGCCCAGUGUGGAAAAGCUUUUGCAACAUCCACAGACCUUAGAUGCCACGUGUGUACACAUACUGACGAGAGGCCUCAUGAACCUGACCAGUGUGGAAAAGCUCACAGCUCAGCUCUUAAAACCAUAGUACAUACGGGAGAGAAGCAACAUAAAUGCUCCCAUUGUAGAAGAGCUUUUUCACGAAUUUCAUAUCUAAGAUCCCACAUGCGAGUUCACACAAGAGAACAACAGCCUUAUAAAUGUGCCAAAUGUGGAAAAGCUUUUACAAAAUCCCCAUAUCUUAAAAGCCACAUGCAAACACACUCUAGAGAGAGAGAGAAAGCUCAUACAUGUAUAGAGUGUGGGAAAGCUUUUUCAAAAAGUGAAAAUCUGAAAAGCCACAUGUUCGUACAUACUGGAGAGAAGCCUCAUGAAUGUUCCCACUGUGGAAAAGCUUUUGGAACACCCAAAGAUCUCAAACGCCACAUGCUUACACACACUGGACAGAAGCCUCAUAUAUGUGUCCAGUGUGGAAAAGCUUAUAGAACAUCCCAAUAUUUAAAGUACCACAUGCUAAUACACACUGGAGAGAGGCCUCAUAUAUGUGUCCAGUGUAGAAAAGCUUUUAGAACAUCCGAAUAUCUCAAACACCACAUGCUACUGUAAUACACACUGGAGAGAACCCUCAUAAAUGUGUUAACUGUGAAAAAGCUUUUAGAACAUCCUCAGAUCUUAAACGCCACAUGCUUACACAUACUGGAGAGAAGCCUCAUAAAUGUGUUCACUGUGAAAAAGCUUUUAGAACAUCCAGAGAUGUUAAACGCCACAUGCUUACACAUACUGGAGAGAAGCCUCAUGUAUGUAUCCAGUGCGGAAAAGCUUUUGCACUAAUUCAAUAUCUUAAAACCCACAUGCUAUUACACACAGGAGAUAAUUCUUAUAAACUGACUAAACUUUGAUCUCAACAAAUAUCAGAUCUUAAUUAUGCAAAUAAUGCACACUGGAAAGAAGCCUCAUAAAUGUGCCCAGUGUGGAAAAGCUUUUUCACAAAUGUCAACUCUUAAAAGCCACAUGCUAAAACACACAGGAGAGAAGCCUCAUAAAUCUGUGUCCAGUGUGAAAAAUCUUUUAGAACAUCCCAAGGUCUUCAACACCACAUGCUUACACAUAUUGGAGAGAAGCCUCCAGUGUUACACAUAUUGGAGAGAAUGUGUCCAGUGUGGAAAAGCUUUUUCAUUACACACUGAAAGCGAUUUAACAGAAGGUGAUGAAUAUAUGCAAAGUCAAAAUAGGGAGGUAAAAAUGGCUGUGAAUUGAAAUACUGUGGAAUAAAUCAAUUGUUUUAAAGGCGAUUUGAUAAAAAACAAAACAGUAGUAAAAUGGUGAAAGCUGUGGGAAGCCUAUUGUUUAUAUUGCCUGAAUGUGACUAAAAAUGAGUAGAGUACAAUCAUUAAUUAAUUAAUUACCUUUUUAUAUUGUUAUUUCUUGUAUUUAUUUCCCUCCACACUUUUAUGUAGGUUUAUCUUAUUUAGUUUUGUUUUAUUUGUAGGCCUAUAUGUUUUACUACAGUUAUUGUCUACUGUUUCUAUUGUUGUCUCAUUGUAUCUGUUAUCUUGGCUUCACUGAAAAUAAGGACCACCUUAAACUGAACCUCAGAGAAUAAAUAAAGGUUGAAAGAAUUUUUUAAUCCUUA